AUUCCUGAGUGUUGUGCAGGUUUCUAUGGUGAUGCUUGUCUUCUGUGUCCUGGAAAUUACAACAGUCCAUGCAAUAAUCGAGGACAGUGUGUUGAUAAAAUGUCUGGAAAUGGUACAUGUUUGUGUAAAGCCAACUUCAAAGGUACAGCCUGUGAAUUGUGCGCUGAUGAUGAUCAUUAUGGGGAAAACUGUACUGAAGUGUGUUCAUGCAUUCAUGGAGAAUGUGAAAAUGGUCCCAGUGGUAAUGGUAAAUGUAAACCAGAUACCUGUAAGCUUGGUUUUACUGGAGAUAACUGUGAUACGCAUAUUAACCCAUGUGGACCUGACUUAGAUAACUGCCACGCCCAUGCACAGUGUGAUAAUGCAAAUAAUGUCAUACAAUGUAUCUGUAAUGCUGGUUAUGAAGGUAAUGGAAUGGAUUGUAUUCCUAUUAACCCAUGUAUGCAGCCUAACAGAGGGGGAUGCCACAGUGAGGCAAAGUGUACGUAUAUAAGUGCUGGAAGGAACCUUUGUGAAUGUGAAGUCAACUGGACAGGUGAUGGUUAUGUCUGUGUACCCGUUGAUAACUGCUUAUUACCAUUCUAUGGAGGAUGUGAUCCAUAUGCUUCUUGCAUAUACACUAACCCUGGACAGAAUAUUUGUGAAUGCCGAGAUGGAUUUGAAGGGAAUGGUCUCCAGUGUAUUCCUAUCGACUCCUGUCAAAUCAACAAUGGUGACUGUCACUCACAUGCUACGUGUAUUCCAGUUGGAGCGAAUACUAAUAACUGCACUUGUAACGAUGGCUUUGUGGGAGAUGGAAGAUUCUGUUAUGGCAGUAUAACAAUGGAGCUUGCAGCAACUCCUGAUUUAACCUUACUGAUGAACUUGUGUCAGUUAGCUAAAAUGGAUAGCUAUUUAGCAAAUCCUGCGCUAAAUGUAACAUUAUUUGCACCAAUGAAUUCAGCAUUCACCAGUUUGUCUGAAGAAGUGCACAGUCAGUGGAUAAAUGAAGAAAACUCUCCAUACUGCAUCCAGUACCAUAUAUUAAAUGGUACAUGGAGUUAUGAAGCUCUGAAAGACAGAGAAGGACCUGUUACUUCUUUAUUAGGUGGUGCAGAUCUUAUGAUAACUCUAGAGAAUGAUGAAGUAGUUGUAGAUGGUGCGAGUAUACUGGUACAAGACAUUCCUGCAACAAAUGGAAUCAUCCAUAUGAUAGAUGUGGUUUUGAUUCCACCACCAAUAAUAGAUCCUGGUAUUUCAUACAUGUCAUUAUUGAGAUUACUAGAACUUACCAGUCACUUUUCAAAAUUUAAAGAAUCACUUUUGAUUUUGUUACCACCUACUUCUAAACUUUGGUUUUCCUACCCAACACUUCGAGAGAUCUUAGAAAAAGAGCCUCAGUGUUCUAGUUUUAAUGAGUACAUGGUGGAAUAUCAUUUACUUAAUCAACUUGAAUUUCAACAAGAAUACACUGUUUUUGUACCGACUGACAGUGCAUUUGAGGCCUUAGCAAUGAAGCAAACAGGUCCAGUGGGGAUAGAUCUUAUAAAGUAUCACAUUUUUGCUGGAGCCAAAAUACUGAGUUCUGAACUACAUGAUGGUUUUCAUCAUCCAACAUGGCUUGGACAUAAUUAUCAGCUGACAUUCAGUCACCAUGACAACCAAAUUUGGAUAAAUAGCCAAGCAUAUAUCGUUGAACGUGACAUGAAAACAGAUAAAGGUGUUGUCCAUGUCAUUCACGCUGUGUUAGAUGUCCUUGCUAAUCGAUGUGAUAUCAAUGAAACAGCUACCAUGAUGAGUGAAUGCAUCAGUUGUACUUUACCACCUGUAUGUCUAGAUGGCUAUCAACCAAUCAUUCCUCUAAAUGGCAUGCACAGUAACUGUCAGUACACUCGUCAACUCAGAGGAAGACAAUAUGCAACUGAUGGUUGCUAUGUUACCUGUCAGAUGACAACAUAUACUCAAAUAUGUUGUCAAGGAUUCUAUGGAACAUCAUGUAGAGCAUGCCCUGGUGGUUCAGUUGACCCAUGUAAUGGACACGGUACUUGCCAUGAUGGAAUGGGGGGUGAUGGGAUAUGUAAAUGUGAUGAACAGUUCACAGGUACUGCUUGUGAAAUGUGUGCCCCUGGUUUCUAUGGUAAUAUGUGCUCUCAAGAAUGUCCUUGUGUGAAUGGACAGUGUAUAACAUCACCAGUGUUUGACACUGUGCAGUGCCUGUGUCAAGGCGGUUGGGUCGGCCAGUAUUGUAACCAAU